CUAUUUUGGUGACAAGAAGCAGUUACGGUUUAUCAUAACACCAGCGGAGCAAACCGAGGUAUGGAGCAAACCGAGGUGAUGAAGCCAGAAACUUUAAAUGAUUUAAUUAAAGUUUUGCAUCAGAUUUUUUCUAGCGAUACAGUUAAUGUUGAAGAGGUGCAGAACCUAAUGGAAUCAUAUGAGAGUAAACCUGAGGAAUGGAUGGAAUAUGCACAGUUUGACAAGUUCAGAUACACAAGGAACCUUGUUGAUGAAGGAAAUGGAAAGUUCAAUCUCAUGAUUUUAUGUUGGGGAGAAGGUCAUGGCAGCAGUAUCCAUGAUCACACAGAUUCCCACUGCUUCAUGAAGUUGCUCCAGGGCCAAUUGAAAGAAACCCUCUUUGAAUGGCCUGAUCAUAAAAUAAAUGGAGGGAUGACUAAGAAAUCAGAAAGGGUCUUACAAGAAAACCAGUGUGCUUAUAUCCACGAUUCCAUUGGCCUGCACCGAGUGGAAAAUGUGAGCCACACAGAGCCUGCUGUCAGCCUUCACUUGUACAGCCCUCAAUUCGACCAGUGCAACACUUUCGAUCAAAGGACAGGGCACAGAAACACUGUCAAAAUGACAUUCUGGAGCAAAUACGGAGAAAGAACUCCAUUUACUUACUACUGUGGUAAACACAUUGUGAAAGUGGCCCUUUGUGUUCAGUGACAGCACAGUUCAUUCUUAAAAUUGAAAUGGUCCUUUAUAAAACACGAAACCACUGCCUCAGGAGAAAACAACUGAAGGACUCAAUUGAAUAAACCUUGUUUGUGUCAAUCCAGGCAAGAUCCCCAGUUCUUUGCUGGCCAUGCAGAAAGAUAAAAUGAAGAAGUUCUAAAGGCCUGUGUCAAUAAUUAGAGCAUGUGUCUUACAUCACUUUUUGAUAAUAACUAAUCCUGAUUAAUGGACACUGAAUCAUUGAAUAGUGGCAUUAGGGUUAGCAGAGGCAUAGAUCUACUCUUUGUUCAGUAAGCUCUGAGAAACACCCUGCCAAUAACAUAAUUCUUUUCAAUCAAGCUUAUUCCCUGACCUGUGUAAUUCCACUUUGUACUGUUAUAGAGAAAAGCAGUUUUCAGUGUAAGGGUUGUCCUCUUGUGGAUGUAAUAAAGUGUAAUACAUAUUAUUAUUAUUAUUAUUAUUAUUAUAUAUUAUUAUUAUUAUUAUUUAAUUCUGUGCCAACAAUAACAGAGUAAAACAAUAAUAUAUUUUUGAACAAACAAAAAAAGUAACAUGUUUUUAUUAAACCUGUAGAUCUGUUGAUUGUGUCACAGAAAUUCGUUUUACUAUCACUCUAAAUUGUAAAGUCUCUUUUCAGAUAAAUUGUACAGUUUGAUAAUGCUGAAAGUAUUUUAUUUUUUUUUUAAAGUAAAAGCCUUUUUUGGAUGUUUCAUUUUUAGCUAUAAUAAAAAAUCAUGUUUACAGAGAA